AUGGCGAAACUGCUUCUAGCGAUUUUGUUCUGUACUUGUUUGGGUAUUUGUCAUGUCGCAUGUCAGGUAGCUAAGCUCACCACUGAGGACAUUAAUGCCUUCCUGCUGGAACACAAUAAUGCAAGGGCAGAGCUCCAACUCAAUCCUCUGAAAUGGGACUAUGAACUGGCCAGAUACGCUGCUUCAGAAGGCAAAAAAUGCCAAUUUCAACACUCAAAUGGUCCCUACGGAGAAAACCUGUAUGCAAGCAGUCCUGCUAAAUGGAACCACCCGGAACUUGCCGCAGACGCCGUUAAAAGUUGGAUCAAUGAAAAGAAUUUUGUAGACUACGAUCAAUGGAGCUGUAUUACUCGUUCUGACUAUUCUUGUGGCCAUUAUUCUCAGAUUGUAUGGAGAAACACGGAGUUUGUAGGCUGUGCUAUAAUCCAUUGUCCAUCUGGAAUGGGACAGUGGCCCAACUUGGUCUUCUGCGAGUAUAAUCCACCUGGUAACUACAUUGGUGAGCUACCGUAUAAGUGAUAGGAUCAACACAUAUAUUACUCUUCCAAAAUGAAAUCUUGAUGUUUCAAUUGCCUAGCUUCUUUGGUUUCUUAGUGCAAAUAUUGUUGUGUAAAAAAAAUUAUAUAAGAAAAUACAUUUCUAAAAUGUG